AUGUUCUUAUUAAUAGUAUUACUUUUCACCCAAUUGACUAAAUCAAAUGCAAUUAUUCCCUUUGAUGGAAUUAUUCAUCGAUCAAGUGAUGGAAGUUCUUAUGCAUUUUUAUUUCCACCAAGAACAGGAGGUCAUGCAUCAUUCAUUGAACAAAUGACACCAAGUGGUACUUUAGCUAUUGCUUGGUUUUCAGGUGGUGAACAGCAACCUAAUUGUUCAAUUGCAGUAUCACUUCUAGAACUUGGUUCACAACAAUUUACACCUGGUGUUAUUGUAAGUGAACGUGUCAAUUAUUCAAAUCAAAAUCCGGUUCUUUUUUGGGAUAAUGAAACACAAAUACUGCAUCUAUAUCAUACACAACAAUUAGGACAUUUAAAGGAACAGUAUGCUGAAAUGUGGCAUUCAUACAGUAAAGAUCGAGGUGCAACAUGGUCAACUCCUGAAAUAUUCUAUAGCACACCAGGUGCAUGGGAUCGUAAUCGUAUUAUUCGUACAUUCGACAAAGGUGGACUUAUUUUCCCAUGUUAUAACUCUUCACUGAAUCAUAUUGAUGACUAUUCAUAUAUACUUCGAACGUCAUCACCUACAUCCAAAUGGACUCGAAUUGAUAUCAAACAAAGUGAUAAUCUUGUUCAACCAACAAUCAUUCGUUUGCAUAAUUCUUUACAAUUACGAGCAUUUUUUCGCGAUAAAAGGUAUCAAUGGAUUUAUUAUGCUGAUAGUAAUGAUGAUGGAUUAACUUGGACAAUACCAAAACCAACAUCUCUACCAAAUAAUGAUGCAGCAAUACAAGCAUAUACAUUAAAAAGUGGAGCUAUAAUUAUGGCAUUCAAUAAUCUUAAUGGUACAGCAAGAUCACCAUUAACUGUGGCACUUUCUUAUGAUAAUGGAAUCACAUGGCCAUAUCAUAGAGAUAUUCAAAUUCAUGAUGAUGAUAAUGAUACAUAUGUUGGAGAAUAUUCAUAUCCAUCAGUAGUUCAAAGUUUUUGGAGUGGAAGUGAUGAUAAUGAUAUUCAUUUAGUUUAUACAUAUGAUAGAGAAACAAUAAAAUAUCGUAGAUUUAAUGAAAAAUGGGUCAAACAAGGAAAAUAA